AUGUCUUACCGCAUCGUACAGAAGCAACAUGUGAAAACCUAUGAGCAAACAGAAUUGAGCGAAGAGGAGAAGGAGGAGAUACGAAAUGCUUUUCAAUUGUUUGACACGGAUCAUACCGGUCUUAUUAACCGUAAAGAACUCAUUGACGUUAUACAGUCAUUGGGCUACGAGGAUACGCAUGAGAAUAUGAAGGAAUGUGGGGAUAGUGAGAACAUGGAAAGCAGCGGAUUUAUCACCUUGGACGAGUUUCUGGAUCUAAUGACUGUCAAGUUGAGCAAGAUCGACUUGAAGGAAAAUAUUCAAAGGGUCUUUCACCAAUUUGAUCACGACAAGACGGGUAAGAUCUCGUUUCGGAACCUUAAACGCGUGGCCAAAGAGCUCGGUGAGACAUUGACGGACGCUGAGCUCUUGGAAAUGAUUGAGCGUGCUGAUAUUGAUCAGGAUGGUGAGGUAAACUUUGAAGAGUUCUAUGCCGUUAUGACCAAGCAAACGUAUACAUAG